AUGUGGUUGAACAAGCUGAGUCCUCGGUGGGAUGCGUACGAUCGGCGGGAUUCGUUCCGAUUGCAGCUCACUUGUCUGAAGUAUUUGGGACUUUGGCCUCCGGAACACUCGGAUAUGGUCACCCGGAAGCGUUACAUCGCGUACGGUUGGACGCUGCGAGUCGUGUUUAUGCAUCUAUACACGGUGACCCAGGCGUUGUACUUCAAGGAUGUGAAGGACAUCAAUGACAUCGCAAACGCACUGUUUGUGCUGAUGACGCAGGUGUCGUUGAUCUACAAGCUAGAGAAGUUUCACCACAACAUUGACCGCAUUCAGGCUUGUCUGCGAAAGCUGAACUGCACGCUGUAUCACCCGAAACAGCGCGAUGAAUACGAACCCGUGCUUUGGUCAAUGAGUGGUGUUUUUUGGCUGAUGAUAUUGUUGAUGUUCAUCGCCAUCAUAACAAUCAUCAUGUGGGUUGUCUCACCGUUCUUCGACAUCGAGCGUAGGUUACCCGUUCCGGCCUGGUUCCCGGUGGACUAUCGACGUUCGACGGUGGCUUAUGUGGUUCUGUUCCUGUACCAGACGAUCGGGAUCGUCAUGAGCGCUACGUACAACUUCUCCACCGACACCAUGUUCUCUGGUCUGAUGCUGCACGUGAACGGUCAAAUUGUGCGUCUGGGCAGCAUGGUCAAGAGGAUUGGACACGAAUCACCAGGAAAGUCACUAUUGGCUGCGAGUCCUUUUCUGUGCGAUGAUGAAUGGAUGGCGAUGCGAACGCAACUCGAUCGACACCGUCGGGAGAAAGGCAAACUGUACGCCGAGGUGACCGAAUGUGUGCUAUUCCACAAGGACAUCCUCAGGUUAAGCAACGAAGUCCAGGACAUCUUUCAGGGUUCCAUCUUUGCACAGGUGUGCGCCUCCGUCAUCAUCAUCUGUAUGACGUUGCUGCAGUUCACCGGAAACGACAUGACAGCGGCCGAUCUGAUCGGGUGCACCUUUUACCUAUGGGUGAUGACUUUUCAGGUCUUCGUCUUUUGCUACGUCGGGAACGAAAUUUCCUACACGACAGAUAAGUUCACGGAAUUCGUCGGGUUUUCGAACUACUUCAAGUUUGAUAAGCCCACCAGCCAGGCAGUAAUAUUCUUCAUGCAGAUGACAUUGAAGGAUGUUCACAUCAAAGUUGGAAACGUCAUGAAAGUCACACUAAACCUGCACACUUUCCUGCAGAUCAUGAAGCUUUCUUACUCUUAUCUUGCAGUGCUGCAGAGUAUGGAAUCUGAUUAA